AUGGCAUCCAAGUCAUCACUUGAACAACAAAAAAAACAGGCGGAAGAUUUAAUCACUUGUUCCAUUUGCUUAGGCUAUUUCGUUGAUCCACGCAUAUUACCAUGUUCACAUACAUAUUGUCUUCAAUGUAUUCAUCAGGCAGCUGCUAGUAGUGGCGGCCAAUUCAACUGUCCAUUGCGUGAUGGCACUAGAAUCCGUGCAAACAAUAUUGAUUCAUUACCAAUCAAUAGAAAUUUGCGUGAUAUGGUCGAUCUUCUACCAGGUCUUAUCAGUAUAAACGACCAAAACAGAGAACAAUGUAAUGAACGACAAACUUCGAGGAUUUCCAAUAAUGCGAUGCCAUCAGUACCAUCUACUGAUACUGUAACAUUGAAAACCGAUUCGGGAACAAAAUCUUUAUCAAUAUCUAAUUUACUUUCAAGACCAACAACUAUACUAUUUGAUAAUAAACAGCCUUUGACUUUAAAUACGAAAAAAAUUCGAUUAACUGAAGAUAUGAAGUGCGAGUGUGAAUAG